AUGGAGAAGUUAGACGUCCUUGUCGUGGGUGCUGGUUGGUAUGGGCUGGUUGCAGCACAAACAUACCUCAAACUGGCACCAGAGACUACGCUGCUCGUUGUGGAUGAUGGGGAGACCAUCGGUGGAAUAUGGAGUCAGGAGCGCAUUUACCCCAGUCUGUACGCACAGAUCAGCUAUCCGCUCUUUGAGUACUCCUUCUAUCCGAUGAAGAAUGAAGGGAUCUCUCCAGAUGGCUUCAUCUCCGGGCAGGCUAUUCACAAUUACCUUGUCAGCUUUGCCAAUGAUCAUGACCUGAUGCGCCACAUACGCCUUCGAACACGUGUGACUCAAGUGCGCAGAAACGCAAACAACGAGGGCUGGAUCGUGGAAACACAGUCCGGACAGCAACCUAUCGAAUGCACCAAGUUGAUAUACGCCACGGGAGCCAAUUCAAGCCCAAUCCGACCGGCAUGGCCACGCGAUAAUUUUCACAAGCCGGUCAUUCACUCGUUGGACAUUGCCACUAACCUGUCCCUGAUAGGUAGUGACGCAGUCCAGCGAGCCACGGUGGUAGGAGCCUCCAAAUCAUCAUAUGACACCGUAUACCAGCUUCUUAAGGCUGGGAAGAAGGUGGACUGGAUCAUUCGACCAAGUGCUUCUGGAGCCUUUUCUAUCUUCGCACCGACGUUCAUGGGUCUGUGGCAUAUAUCGGAUCAUAUCUCCACUCGAUUUGCGUCUAGCUUCAGUCCUAGUAUCAUGAACUCGGGUGGACUGUGGGACAGUUUCCUGCAGCGCACCAUGAUUGGGCGGUCACUUAUACGUGUCUAUUGGCAAGUUGCCACGGGCCUGGCAGCGAGGUAUGCGCAAUUCGGCGAUAGUGAGCAUACCGAGCAUCUGCGGCCAUGGCCUCACACGGAUGGGCUUUUCUGGGGUAGUGGUGGGAUUGGCAUAGCGACCGUGCCCGACUUUUGGCAGGUAAUCCACGACGGAGAUGUCACGGUACAUCGCACGGAGAUCGAGUCACUGUCGCACCUUGACGUGGUUAACCUUAAGAACGGAUUUUCCGUCGCCACAGACGUGGUGAUUCACUGCACCGGGUUUGACAAGGGCUACAGCACGUUCAGUCCGCAGCUGCAGGAGGAGCUAUCUCUCCAUUACGACUCAUCGUCAUUCUCUCGGUGGACGGUCCUAGACGCCAAAGCCGAGCAGAAAGUGAAUACCCUGCUGCCAAUUCUAAAGAACACUCCCUUCGAUUCUUUAGAACAUAAAAAGCAUCGUCAAGGGCCAAAUCGACAUUACCGUCGUCUUAUCGUUCCCGAGCUGGCGGCCAAAGGAGACCGGUCGAUCGUGUUCCCAGGUCACAUCCACUCUGCCUUCACGCCGUUGGCAGCGGAGCUGCAAGCGCUAUGGGGGUUUGCGUUCCUGAACGGGUGGAUGGAAGUCCCUGGACAGGAGGAAAUGGAGCUUGAGGCGGCCACCUUCAACGCAUGGACCCGCAAGCGAUAUAUUGAACAGGGGAAGAAACAUUCAUAUUUUAUUUACGACUACAUCUCGUACCUGGACACGCUGAUGAGAGAUCUUGGCUUGAAUUUGCGUCGCAAGAAGACUUUUUUCGAAGAAUGGUUCACGCCGUACCGGCCGCGAGACUAUCGGGGACUAAUUAAGGAGUAUCUGGCCGUCCAUUCACGCAAAGCCGGGGAGGAGAAGAAGAUGGUACCUGCCAAAUUGGGAAACGAGCUGUCGAAUGGACAUGGUCAGGUGACCGUUGACGGUGCAAUGACACGGAGUUGA